AUGGCAAGUUUUAACGCGCGCUUCUCAGUGCUUGAGGGGAGAAUUCUACGUCCCCCCAUAGCUGCAGACCAACACAGUAGACCAGCGACGAUAAAUGUCGAGGAAACCGUAGCAGCCCAAAAAUCAACGGUUCCAACUGCUACUUCGCAAAAGGAAACUGCGGGGCCUAAAUCCAAAAAGCAGUUAAAAAAAGCGGCUAAACUGGCCAAAAAGGCAGAUGACACUCCUAUUUCGCGGGCACAAACUGCUGAAUCAGGAGCGUGUGAACCCGCCACUAGAGCUGAGGCGGAGUGGACAGUUGUGGGCGCCGCCCAAAAAAGUAAAGCGGCUCGCCAGCGGGCCAAAAAGCAAGCCCAGAAGAAACAAGAGGCCGCCAAGUCCCAGACGUCGGCUCAUCCGCCGACUAAAACCACAGAUAAGACAAAGAAGGCAACCAGCUCCUCGCAGCCGGUUCACCAGCCGGUUGUGACAAUACACCCGGAGAGGACCAGGGAGGACACAACGACCAUGGACACACAAUAA